CUGAUUGAGCCUGAUUGUAUGCAUUUCGCAUUCCAUAUUAUGCUAUGGGAAAGACAAAGUUAGCGUCACCUCUAAAGCUUUUCCAAUGCAACCAUGUUCUAUGAAUAGCAAUCUUGAAUAGGCUUUUAGCCACAAAUGUCCCAAAGUUGACUCAGUACUUCUUCGGUUUAAACAAGAUGUUGUUUGUUAUUGCUUAAGUAAGCGCCGGCGAAUUUUCAAUUACAUAAUCACAAUUUUCUAUCAGAAAAAUUAAGUUUAAUUUUUUAUCAGCAUAUGCAAGAAAGCUUCUUAAAAUUUACAGUGUUUCAUGCUUCCCUAUCCUUAUCAUCUUCACAUUUGCUUAUACGUCUUUUAGCAAUCAGCAAUAUGGCAGAAGCAAAGUUGACAAAGAAGCAACGUAAGGCAUUGGAAUUCCGUGCAAAGGCUGGCAAGGGAGAUGCUAAAACAGAUGAAGAGGUAAAAGAAGCAAAGGUGGAUGAACAGCAAGAUAUCGAAGCUGAACAGCCAAAAGACAUAAAGGGAAAGCAAAAAGAGGCUGAUGAGGCGGUGACAGAUGAUUCAGUGCCAGUCAAGCCAAAGGAAAAGAAAGUCAAGAAAGCAGAGUCUACCUCAGAAGCAGAAGGCAAACCAUCCAAAACGCCAACUACACGUAAGAGAAAGCAAGCCGAAGAUGUAGAAGCAUCGUCAGAUGGAAAAGCUACAAAGAAGAAAUUUGAUGAGGAUGGAAAUGUUGUGGAAACAACAGAGCAAGAUACCAAGGAAGAGAAGGAUACAAAGAGUGCUUCAGCCAACAACGAUUCGAAGAGAUAUAUUGUGUUCGUUGGGAAUAUGUCCUACAAGACCACAACGGAAGAAAUCACAAAACAUUUUGCUGAUCAUUGUGGAGAAAAGCCAUCUGUAAGACUGUUAACGACAAAAGGAGAUCCAUCAAAGGCAAAAGAGCUGUCUAAGUCGAAACAGAAAUCCAUCGCAAAAGGCAAAGCAUUGGACCCUGGAGCGCCACAAUCGAAAGGAUGUGCAUUUGUUGAAUUCAAACAACGUGAUGCUAUGCAAAAGGCAUUGCAGUUCCACCAUACAAAGCUACAAGGUAGAAGCAUCAAUGUUGAACUGACUGCAGGCGGAGGUGGAAAAGGAGCAGAAAGAAAGGAAAAGAUUGCAAAGAAGAACAAAGGAUUAGAAGAAGAGAGAAGGAAAUUACACGAAAAGUACGUCAAAGAUACAAACAAGAAAUCUGGAGAGAAGGAAGGACAAACAGAAACAAAGAAGGAAGAAGAACCAAAGAGACCACAAUGGGGACCAAAUGCAGCUGCAAAUGGCGGCAAGCCAAGACAAGCUACCAAAAUACCACGUUGGGCCGCAACAGGAGCCAAUGCGACACGAUUACAAACAUGAUUAUGAUCAAUUUUAUUUAUACGCUUUCAUCAAGACAGAGAAUACAUGUACAGUACUUUUUUUACCAAGAGAAUAUGAACAGAACGAGUAUACAGUAAUGUACGGUGACUAUAGAAGAUAUGGGAAAAAAGUGUAUGCGACAAAGCGGCUCCAGAGCGACGAUGCGGUAAGAUGCUAAAGAAACACAGAUGCACGAGGGGAAGACGGAUUGCCUGCUUCUUGAAAGGAAGAGAAUUGCCAUAUAACCCAGAUCAAUGGAAUGGCAUUUUGACAUCAUUUGAAAAGGUGCUUGAAGAAGUGCUGUUUGGGUUCAUCGUUCCGCCUCCAUUGUUUGCUGCCC